CUUGUACUUCUUCAUUCACUUGUCGCUGCACGACACACAUAUAUAUACCUCUGUGGGAUACUUUCGAAAUCUUUCUUUUGAUCAACAUGCGUCCUUUCAGUGAUACUUCUACUCAUACUCCUGCUUCUUCGAGCUAUAAUUCUACGGUGCCGAAGGGAUCGAAAUAAUUCCAUCUAACCUCUAUCAUACUACAUACAACUACUACUGCUUACAACGAAAUACGUUGAGUCGUCAAUAUGGGUGCUGUGGUUUCUUGUAUCACUAGUAUCUUCCACGCCAUCGGCGCUUGCCUGAUGGGCAUCGUCAACACAAUCGGAGCUGUCUGCAAAGCCAUCAUCGACGGUGUCGUUACCCUCUUCGACGUGAUCAUCUCGUGCCUGACCUGCGGUUCCUGUGGUGGAAGGAGGAGAAGAACGCGGAGGUCAAGAGUCUGACAUUAAUUAAAUACGAGACAUGUCCAACCUUGACCUCGACCUUUUGACUUGAACGCCAUGACGUUAUGACGGAUAUGAAUAUGGAUAUCAGUUCGGAGUUUUUGUGGUUCCCCUGGAUUGCUGCUACGUUUCCUUCUCAUCUUAUUUGCUGUGCCUGAUAUCCUGUGUCUCCAUAUCGAGCAAUGAAAUCUUUCACCAAAUUAAUAAAAUGUCGAA